UCUCAAAAGCGAUUGAUAGCACACAAAAAUCGUGGUCCAGCAUUGUUCACCAAUGGUAACGAAUGCUUUUCUUUCUUGUUAACAUUAUUGAUUUGAAUAAUAAUGGAUUGCAACCUCAGCUUUUCUCUGGCUCUAUGUGGCCUGUACUCUUCAUUAUAUCGUGAGAGCUAUGUUAAUCACAAUGUACUCGUGCUAUAUAAAGAUACCGAUAUUCUUGUAUCGAUCUCUGACCUUUCUGUCCAGGUUAAGACUUGCCGUCAACCCUGACCCGGAAAUACUAUCUUUGUGUAAUUCAAUCGAUCAACCUGUUAUACGUGUUUUUCACCAUGGAUACGAUAUUUAUUUAGAACCCAUCUUUAAUGUAACUGCAGACCGCCACAAUCCACGAUACUUUUGUUCGGUUUCCAAUAAGAAUGGAUUUGUCCAAACUUGAAUCAAUUUUCGGAAAACAUCUACUUACAAAAGAAGGAAAAGUUAGCACUGGAGUAGCACUAAAAGGGAAGACUACGUUAUGUUUAUAUUUUUCCGCUCAAUGGUGUCCGCCUUGCCGACAGUUCACCCCAGUCCUGAGCGAGGUGUACAGCAGCGAAGAAAAGGGCACUGAUGUUGAAGUCGUGUUCAUCAGUUCCGACAGAGACGAAGCAUCAUUUGAUGCGUACUAUGGCAAAAUGCCCUGGUGUGCUUUACCAUUUGAUGCGGCUAAUGAAAAGGCAGACUUGUCCAAGGAGUAUGGAAUACGGGGUAUUCCUACAUUAGUGAUCCUCAAAAAGGACGGCACUGUGGAAAAGAACGGAAGAGAACACGUAAUGGAAAAGAAAAAGCUGAUGUUUGAUUAAAGUACUUGACAGUACCAGUACAGUAGUGACUGGGAGUCAUAUACAAGUUACCUUAUAACACCAAUCAUAACCUGUGCGAGAUGUUUUUUAAAACUUAUAAUCAGCAAUAUAUACUCGUAUUAGACGGAGAUCACCAUCAGCUCUGUCUUGUUUCCGUUUAAUGAUAAAUAAAAUAUAUAUGUAAGAACCACCGGCAAA